GGCUCGGAGAGCCUAGAGCUUGUUUCUGCCCACUUGGGGAAGAAGGCAUGGAGUUGUGAGCGCCCCUCGCUCGGCGACGCCGCCCGCGGCAGGCUCCCCAUGGCCGGGACGUACAGCUCGACUCUGAAGACGCUGGAGGACUUGACCUUGGACUCCGGGUAUGGGGCCGGGGACUCGUGCCGCUCGCUCAGCCUCUCGUCCUCCAAGUCCAACUCGCAGGCGCUCAACUCUUCGGCGCAGCAGCACCGCGGGGCGGCCUGGUGGUGCUACUCCGGCUCCAUGAACAGCCGCCACAACAGCUGGGACACGGUGAACACGGUGCUGCCCGAGGACCCCGAAGUGGCCGACCUCUUCUCGCGCUGCCCGCGGCUCCCCGAGCUGGAGGAGUUCCCCUGGACCGAGGGAGACGUGGCCCGGGUGCUCCGCAAAGGCGCGGGCGGUCGGCGGCUGCCCCAGUUCUCCGCCGAGGCGGUGAGGCGCCUGGCCGGGCUGCUCCGUAGGGCUCUGAUCCGCGUGGCCCGCGAGGCGCAGCGCCUGAGCGUGCUGCACGCCAAGUGCACCCGCUUUGAGGUGCAGAGCGCGGUGCGCCUGGUGCACAGCUGGGCUCUGGCGGAGAGCUGCGCGCUGGCAGCCGUCAAGGCGCUGUCCCUGUACAGCAUGAGCGCCGGAGACGGGCUGCGCCGGGGCAAGUCCGCGCGCUGCGGCCUCACCUUCUCAGUGGGCCGCUUUUUCCGCUGGAUGGUGGACACCCGAAUCUCCGUGCGCAUCCAUGAGUACGCGGCCAUCUCGCUCACCGCCUGUAUGGAGAACCUGGUGGAGGAGAUCCGAGCCAGGGUGAUGGCCAGCCAGAGCUCUGAUGGCGUAGGGGCCGGAGGCGGGGAGGUGUCUGCUGAAGCCCUGGAGAUGGUCAUCAACAACGACGCCGAGCUCUGGGGCGUCUUGCAGCCCUAUGAGCAUCUCAUCUGCGGCAAGAACGCCAAUGGUGUCCUCUCCCUCCCCGCGUACUUCAGCCCCUACAACGGCGGGUCCCUGGGCCAUGACGAGCGAGCCGACGCCUAUGCCCAGCUGGAGCUCCGGACCCUGGAGCAGUCCCUCCUGGCCACCUGCGUGGGCAGCAUCUCGGAGCUGAGUGACUUGGUCUCCCGUGCCAUGCACCACAUGCAGGGGCGCCACCCCCUGUGCCCGGGCGCCAGCCCCGCCCGCCAGGCCCGCCAGCCGCCACAGCCCAUCACUUGGUCCCCUGAUGCCCUCCACACGCUCUACUACUUCCUGCGGUGUCCACAGAUGGAGUCCAUGGAGAACCCCAACCUGGACCCCCCGAGAAUGACCCUGAACAAUGAACGGCCCUUCAUGCUGCUGCCACCCCUCAUGGAGUGGAUGCGUGUGGCCAUCACCUACGCAGAGCACCGCCGCAGCCUCACCGUGGACAGCGGCGACAUCCGGCAGGCGGCCCGGCUGCUGCUGCCUGGUCUGGACUGUGAACCUCGGCAGCUCAAACCUGAACACUGUUUCAGUUCCUUCCGGAGGCUGGAUGCCCGAGCAGCUACUGAAAAAUUCAACCAGGACCUGGGUUUCCGCAUGCUCAACUGUGGGAGGACGGACCUCAUCAACCAAGCCAUUGAGGCCUUGGGGCCAGAUGGGGUUAACACCAUGGAUGACCAGGGUAUGACGCCGCUAAUGUAUGCCUGCGCUGCUGGGGACGAAGCGAUGGUCCAGAUGUUGAUUGAUGCCGGGGCAAACUUGGACAUCCAGGUUCCAAGCAACUCUCCCAGGCAUCCUUCCAUCCACCCCGACAGCCGGCACUGGACCUCACUGACAUUUGCUGUGCUGCAUGGACACAUCUCUGUGGUCCAGUUGCUGCUGGACGCUGGUGCCCAUGUGGAGGGCUCGGCAGUGAACGGCGGUGAGGACAGCUACGCGGAGACACCCCUGCAGCUGGCCUCUGCAGCAGGGAACUACGAGCUGGUCAGUUUGUUGCUGAGCCGAGGCGCUGACCCCCUCCUCAGCAUGCUCGAGGCCCACGGCAUGGGUUCCUCCCUCCAUGAGGACAUGAACUGCUUCAGCCACUCAGCUGCCCACGGCCACAGGAACGUCCUGAGGAAGCUCCUGACGCAGCCGCAGCAGGCUAAAGCGGACGUGCUGUCCCUGGAGGAGAUCCUGGCCGAGGGCGUGGAGGAGAGCGAUGCGUCGAGCCAGGGCAGCGGCAGCGAGGGGCCUGUGCGGCUGAGCCGGACCCGCACCAAGGCCCUGCAGGAGGCCAUGUACUACAGCGCCGAGCACGGCUAUGUGGACAUCACCAUGGAGCUGAGGGCACUGGGAGUCCCCUGGAAGCUGCACAUCUGGAUUGAGUCUCUGAGGACCUCCUUCUCGCAGUCGCGGUACUCGGUGGUGCAGAGCCUCCUGCGGGACUUCAGCUCCAUCAAAGAGGAGGAGUACAACGAGGAGCUGGUGACCGAGGGCUUGCAGCUCAUGUUUGACAUCCUUAAGACCAGCAAAAACGACUCCGUCAUCCAGCAACUGGCUGCCAUCUUCACCCACUGCUAUGGCAGCAGCCCCAUCCCCAGCAUCCCAGAGGUCCGGAAGGCCCUGCCGGCCAGGCUAGAUCCACACUUUUUGAACAAUAAGGAGAUGUCGGAUGUGACCUUCCUAGUGGAAGGAAAGCUGUUUUAUGCACAUAAAGUCCUGCUGGUGACAGCUUCUAACAGGUUCAAGACACUAAUGACCAAUAAAUCAGAACAGGAUGGGGACAGCAGCAAGACCAUUGAGAUCAGCGACAUGAAGUACCAUAUUUUUCAGAUGCUGAUGCAGUAUCUGUACUACGGAGGAACAGAAUCCAUGGAGAUCCCCACCGCUGACAUCCUGGAGCUGCUGUCAGCUGCCAGCCUGUUCCAGCUGGAUGCCCUGCAGAGGCACUGCGAGAUCCUAUGCUCCCAGACUCUCAGCGUGGAGAGCGCCGUGAACACCUACAAAUAUGCCAAGAUCCACAAUGCCCCAGAACUGGCCCUGUUCUGUGAGGGCUUCUUCCUCAAGCACAUGAAGGCCCUGCUGGAGCAGGACGCCUUCCGGCAGCUCAUCUACGGCCGCAGCAGCAAAGUGCAGGGCCUGGAUCCACUGCAGGACCUGCAGAACACCCUGGCGGAGCGCGUGCACUCUGUCUACAUCACCUCCCGGGUGUGAGGCAGGGGGCGGAGGCUGCCGGCGCCAGGGCCUGUGGAGAUGCCAGGUCAGGCUAGGGUUGUAGGCCCUCUUGGAGCCAGACCGCGCACCCUCAUCUCCUCUGCUCUAGAGCUGUUUGUUUGAUAGGCAAAGGAGAGAUGUAGCCAACUGGUGGCCCUCCUCCCCAUCCCGGUCUGCCCCUCAAGGACAGCCAUGCACUCCCCCUGCGUGUCGCUCUCCCCUCCUGCAGGUCAGCAGCUGGUCCUGAUCCACCUCUGCCCAGGCCCUCCUAGGGCCUCAGUAAAUUCAGACCAUCCCAACUGGGGCUCUUGGGGGUGCGGGAAUCCUUAUGAAUGUAUAGAAUGCAUACUGCCUAGGCCCCAGGUCAUCUAUAGUAAUUCAAAAGCUGGUAUUUUUCUUCCUAAAUGUCACAUAGCAAAGGCUGCCCAAAUCCCUGAACUUUUUCCUCAAACGUUUGACAGGCUUGAUGUGGGCAUCCAGUGGCCUGACCCCCCCCCCCCCCCCCCCGUCACCAUGACUGCUGCCACCCCAUUGUCUUUGGUGCCUGGGCUUCCAGAGUACCUCCCAUCAGGACUAUCGGCUUGCUCAGUUAGCAGCAGAGGGCAUUUCCUCAGCUGAUGGUUUCUGAGCUAAGUCUGGCAUGGAGGGGUAGGGGAUGGGGUACUGUGUAGGAAUGGCCUCAGCUCUUGUUUUGCUGUGGUUUUAGGGGCCAAAGUAAAUGGGUGGAUUCUGGAACCUCAGGCCUAAACUAGGUUGCCUUUGUGGGGCCAGGAAGCAGAGCCCCCUGGUUAAGUCUCUCUGCUCCUUUAAUGUAGGAUUGAGAGCUGGGCAAACACUUCCCACUGGGAACUGUGGCUCUUGGAGAUAAAGGACGGGGCAUUGAUGGAAGAUAAGGGCCGAGAGAAGAGGCCUUUCUGUUGUGUCCCCUCCCGGCCUUGCCCUCGAAUUCUGCAGGCCCCAGGCUCCCCUGACACCUGUCGUAUUUAUGGAGCAGACACUGGGGCAGCAUCAGGCACAGCCUGUCUGGGUGCAACCUCUUCAGCUGUCUGGCGGCACCUUAGAAACUAUUUAUUCACCAAAAGCCCCGGGCAACUCAGGAGGUGUCACUCAGGUCACCCUGAACAGCCCCCAGGGGCUUGCAAUCCUGGAAAAUAUUUUGACUAGCUGCUUGGCUGGAUGUACAAAGAAAUAGGCAUUAUUUUAUUGCUGUAAUAUUGUAUGAUACUUUAACUGUACAAUAAUGUCACCUACUGUAAAUGUACUAUGGUUUUAUUAACAAUAAAUACUCAUUAACGAUGA